GACGACGACGUCAACACGGGAUAUGUUCACAGUGUUCCCACAACGGAUGGUGGUCGAUCUCAAAGAUAUCAAAGACUCUUCUGCUGGAAAUACUUCACCAAUGGAUGAACUCGUGUCCGCCAUCCGGGAGAACCUCAAGCUCAAGGCGCCAGUUUCUCUAACGGGCGUCUGUCGGUCGUGCACCUCGCGAACCUCGAGGCGGGUUUCGCCGUACAGUAUACCCAGCAAGGAAAAUCGUCGCGAUCAGUGUUCGUGUCGACGGGUGUCUUCACCUCGCAACCAAUCCGAGCAAGAGGAUCCAUACGAGCUGUUGCAGGUGCUGCUCAAGCAAGGCACCCUAAUUUCAGAAGCCGUGCGACGACUCCAAGACCCGAAGCGGCGCGGCACGAAAAAUUCUCAAAUUCUCGGAUCGCCUCCUUCGAACGAUUCAUGUGUUAGCUGUGAUUCAAACUCUGCUCCGGUCGCCGCAUCGACGACGACAGCUGCGAAGAAAACAACUUCGAAUGGGAAAUUCUUAGCGUGCGCGGCGACUUAG